CGUUGCUAUAAUAAAAAAUACUUACAUUCUCCUUGUUUUUUCUAAAUAGCGGGAUUUAAGGAAAAAUUCAAAAUUAACAGAUUUAAAGAGUUGAAGUUUUAAACUGUGUAAUGAUUUCCAUGCAUAACACUUGUCACUUGGCAGCUUACCAUAGCCUUAUUUAGUAAAUAACUUGAGUUGGACUGAUUAUAGCCAAUUGGCUUCCAAUUUUAAAAUUAUCAGUUUGAAUUUUUUUUUAUAUGAGAUAAUUUAUGAUUUUGUAAAGACUUUUUUCGUUCAUAGUUGCCGACACUGUUAUCCUGUAAAUCAGCUUCCGCUGGGUAUACGUUUUAUAAUUCAACGAUUCAACGAUAUAGCUCGUCAUAAUAUCGUGUUUAAAAGUGAAAUCUUUGUAUAAUUAAAUUAACAAUAAAAUGAAGUUAUAUAAAGUAAAUAUUUAUUUUAAACAAAAUAAAAAGAAAUAACUUUUAAAACACACUUAUAAUUAUUAAGAUGGAGUGUUUUUUUUUAAUGAAACAUUACCUAAGAAUAAUUACUAAAAACACUGGUAAUAAGCCUAGAAAUGAACAAAAAUAUUAUGACUGCACGGACAAAGUCGCAAUGACUUACCUACUUAUAUUAUAAUUUAUAAGCAAUGAAAUAGGCGGUAGUAUUACUGCUUUGAUUCUACACAAAUAUUUGAAAACCAGAGCUAAGAAUGCAUUACACCAUUAAUAUUACAAUAUUACAACAUUACACCAUUAAAAGAUUACACAGUGUGAUACAAGCCCAUAUAAAAAGAAACCAUACACACUAUCUAGUACCUCAGUGGAGUAAAGACUUAGCAAUGCCGCGCAUAGACGCUAUUAACGUAUUCUUGCAAAUGACUGGGUGCACCGACAGUAAGAGAAUGCUUUACUUGACGUAUUUCGAAUUUCUCAUAACGCUUUAUUAUUUCAUCGCGUCGUACGUGUCGAUUAUCUAUUACGAGCAGAGCGUAUCCAUUCAACUGUUCACAUUAUUGUGCAUGUUGAUAGAAUCUUACAUACUGCUGAACAUCACUUUUCGAAUCUACCAUAAAAAUCAAUUCCGCGAGAUGGACCAGUACUCGAAACAAUUGGGAAUACCGGAUGACUAUCAAUCGAAAAUAAACAUAAUAACGAUGUACCAUCUAAUAGCGUCGAACAUGUUUGUAAUUUUCCCGGUUACGUAUACGAUUCUCUACGAUUCGGUACGUGUAGGAGAUCCCUUCACAUUUCCUUUUCUGGACGUGUUACCAAUAAAGACCAGAAAUCUCGUGAUCUACGCAUGCAAAUACUUUGUAUACGCAAUAUCUGUGUACAUUGCGCAUAUUGAACUUUGUUUUAUAAACACGACAUUUAUUUAUUAUGUAGGUGUUUUGAAAUACAGGUUAGAGACUAUUGUACAGACGAUUCGAGAAGCUGUUGUCGACAACGAUGAACAAAAAAUGAAAUAUGCAGUCAUUCAACAUCAAAGGUUAUUGAUAUAUUUUAAUACAAUGAAGAUAGUAUUUACGAAACCAAUAUUACAGUCAAUGUCAUUCAAUGCUAUAUAUUUUGGCUUGACUACUACUCUAGUGAUUCAAGCUAUUCGGGGUUAUAUUAAUCAAACAAUAGUAUCAAUAUGUAUAGCCAGUGGUAUAGCAGCUAUUAUAAAUAUUACCAUAUACACUUUUUAUGGAAGUGUGCUUUUGGAUUUACAUGAUGAAAUAUUACGUGUCCUUUUUGAUAAUUCCUUUUUCUAUGUAAACAAAUCGUUUAAACGUUCUAUUUUAAUAAUGAUGGCAAGAGCUACAAUACCAUUAACAUUUACAGUUGGUUACAUUUUUACUAUAAAUUUAAAUUUACUUCUAAAGAUAGUAAAAAUGUCAUAUACCGUGCUGAACGUGUUAUUGUCAUCGGAAGCUAUAAAACCUCAUAAGAUGUCGUAAUGAUGAAAUAAAAUAGAUUUAGGUAAAUUUAUAUUUUGGUAAUAUUUAAAUUGACUUUAGUCUAUUACAAUUCUAAACAGUUAUGAUAACAUAUUGAAUACCAUUCUGCAGAAAAAUAUCUCAAUAAAAAUAGUCCUAAAAACAAUAAUAUAUUAUAUAGGUGAAAAAAUGUACCAAAAUACUUAUAUUCUUAUACAGUUGUACCUACAAUGUACAUUACAUUUUGCUAUUAUUAUUUAAUAGAACUAGUUAGAUACUUAGAUCUGUUUGUUAUGUGUAAUGCACGUACAAGUAAAUCUAUCUUAAACAUUUUUUUUUUUUUUUUUGAUAUUUGGUGUCUUAGAAAUGUCUAAUCCUAACUUAUAAUCAUACUAUAAAUGUAAUGAAUCACGAUAAAUCAUCAUAAUAUGCUUGAAAAAAAAACUUGUGAUUAAAUUGUUUUUAAUUGUAUACGCUAUUGACUAUAUCAGCGUUUCUUAAACUGUGUUCCGCGGAACCCUAGGGUUCCGCGAAGAUCAUUUCAGGGUUCCACAAAACUAAAGUGCUUUUUUCAAAAUGUUCAAAAAUCUUACUAAAGAUUAACGACUAGCAGGAAAAAAUGUUUACGUAAAAUGUUACAACUAUUGAAACAAAGUACAGAGUCUAACUAUCGAGCGGUAAUAACUUUUUGUUGAAAGUUUAAUAUAAAUAGCUAAAAAUCUAAAAAAAAAACGUAGGGGUUCCAUGAUUAAAGUGAACAUAAAAAAGGGUUCCAUGAAUAAAAAAGUUUAAGAAACGCUGGACUAUAUAAAGAGAAUGGUUUCUUGUGGGGUAGACAGGGAUACAGAAUGAGUGAUGCGUGAAGGUUGGGAACGUCAACGGCGCAUGCUGAGAAAUAAAGAAAUAAAAGAAGUAUAAUCAUCAAUACGGCGAGAGUAAUAUACAAGUUAUACUAUUGAAUUAUUUGUUUACAAAGUUAGU